AUGGGUUCCAGUGCCAAAAGAAAGAAGGAGAAGCAAAAGGACUUCCAAAAACCCAAACUCAAAGUCGGAAAGGCCAAGGCGAAGCCGGAGAACUUUACAGAUACCAGUUUCCGAUCCAAAGCAAUUGUCCUCAAUCAACAGUCCCUCCACGUCUCCGCUCCCAAUGCCGAUAGCCAAUUCUCUCAUCACCUCUCUCUUCUCUCCUCCAAAUCAGAUAGCCAACGGCGCGAUUCGCUUGCCCAUCUGACUACGACGAUCGCCUCGCGACCGGUCAAUUCGCCUCUCCCGCAACCCGUCAGCGUGAUGCUGCCGUCUUUACUUCCAUUGAUCCUGGACGCAAACAACAACGUUCGCACGGCGCUUCUCAAACUCCUGCGCACCCUCCCCAACAACGAUGUACAGGAUCACGUGGCGCAACUUCUUCCUUACGUCCGUGCCGGUAUGACCCAUCUGGCCGCUGACAUUCGUGUCUCCGCCGUGGAGAUCCUCUCAUGGAUGGUCGAGGCGGCCGGUGAAGCUGUUGUGUCCUGUGCCGGCGGAUGGAUCAAGACCUUCAAUUGCUUCUUGUCGAUACUAGGAUGGCACACGGAGGAGUCGGCACGCUGGUCGUCAAAUCGAGCCUCAUUUGGAAAAUCCGGAAGUCAAGGUCGGCCCAUGGUCAAGGUUUUGGGUGCAUUGGCGGGAUUUUUGGACGCGGGCAUUGGGGCUCCAGGAGCAUCCGAUGGAGGUGAAGAUCCGUUGGUUGUACAGUCGUCUUCGACAUGGCCAUUCCCCUUGUGUCAGACAAGCCAACACAUGAUCUCCGACUCGGCCACCCCUUAUGCCUAUCUGAAUCUGUUUGGCCAGCCACGAGACGAGGAGGGCGAAAUGUACGAAACUCGGGAGGAUCGCUUCCGAGUCUUUUCGACUCGGUUCCUGCCAGCUGUUGAGCGGGGGCUCAAGAGUGCGCGAGAAGAGGGUGGUGAACUGGGCCGUGCAUCCUCCGGAGUGACCAAGGUUCUUAAGGAGGCCCUUUCAUACGGAUCUGGACCUUGA